AUGUUUUUUAUGUGCCUUUUAGGUAUUGGAGUCGGCAUGCUGGUACGGGAAUAUGGCAAACUGUCUAACCUGGAUAAAGUCUACUUUUCCUUUCCCGGGGAAGUGCUGAUGAGAAUGCUGAAACUCAUAAUUCUGCCAUUAAUCAUAUCAAGUAUGAUCACAGGUGUUGCUGCUUUGGAUUCCAGUGUUUCUGGGAAGAUUGGUUUGCGAGCAGUCAUAUAUUAUUUCUGCACUACAGUCAUUGCUGUAAUACUAGGGAUUGUCUUAGUUGUGACCAUUAAACCUGGAGUGCCUCAAACAGCAAAUGAGAUUGACAGGGUGGGCAGUACCCCAGAAGUCAAUACGGUUGACGCCAUGCUGGAUCUGAUCAGGAAUAUGUUCCCAGAAAAUCUUGUCCAGGCCUGUUUUCAACAAUAUAAAACCAAACGUGAAAAAAUUGAAGCUACAGCUGGUGUGGAUAAAAAUGGCUCCACAUUUACAGAAGAACCUGUUACAACUGCUACGACAGCAGAGGCUUCAGAGAACAAAACCCAAGAAUAUAAAAUCGUGGGCAUAUAUUCUGACGGCAUCAAUGUGCUGGGGUUAAUCGUCUUUUGUCUUGUUUUUGGAAUGGUUAUUGGGAAAAUGGGAGAGAAAGGACAAGUGCUGGUGGAUUUUUUCAAUGCACUGAAUGAAGCUACAAUGAGAAUAGUUCAGAUAAUUAUGUGGUAUAUGCCAAUUGGUAUCGUGUUUUUAAUUGCUGGGAAGAUAAUAGAAGUUGAGGACUGGGAAAUCUUUCGUAAACUGGGUCUUUAUAUGGCUACAGUACUAAGUGGACUUGCAAUCCAUUCCACUAUAAUUCUGCCACUGAUCUACUUAAUAAUAGUAAGGAAAAAUCCGUUUCGGUUUGCAAUGGGGAUGGCUCAGGCACUUCUGACAGCCCUGAUGAUUUCUUCCAGUUCAGCAACUUUGCCUGUCACCUUCCGCUGUGCGGAAGAAAAAAACUUAAUCGACAAAAGAAUUACCAGGUUCGUUCUUCCAGUUGGAGCUACCAUCAACAUGGAUGGCACAGCUCUUUACGAAGCAGUAGCAGCUGUAUUUAUUGCACAACUGAAUGACUUAGAACUGGAUAUUGGCCAAAUAGUGACCAUUAGCGUCACAGCUACUGCAGCCAGCAUCGGGGCUGCAGGUGUCCCCCAAGCCGGACUUGUCACAAUGGUGAUUGUACUGAGUGCCGUUGGCCUGCCUGCCGAAGAUGUCACUCUGAUCAUUGCAGUUGACUGGCUUCUGGAUCGAUUCAGAACAAUGGUGAAUGUCUUGGGAGAUGCCUUUGGUACAGGGAUAGUGGAGAAGCUCUCUAAAAAGGAGCUGGAGCAGAUGGAUGUCACCUCUGAAGUCAACAUAGUCAAUCCUUUUGCCUUGGAAACAGUACUUGAUAAUGAUGAAGCAGAGACCAAGAAAUCGUACGUCAAUGGAGGCUUUGCUGUAGAUAAGUCUGACACCAUAUCCUUCACGCAGACUUCUCAGUUCUAAAGCCAGUAGUUUUCAGGUAAAACAGGAGCACUAAAAGACAUGGCCAUAUGCACUCUCUCAAAAAGCUUAAAGGAUAAUUGAUUAUUAAUUACAUCUCACAUGCAUUUGAUUUACU